AUGGCCGCAAGGCAAAACACACAUGUGGCUUCCAAGCUCUUCUUCUCCAGAUUCAAUCGUCUACACACUCUGACGGCGUUGUUAUCAAAGACCAAGCUCGACGACGACGUCGUUGCGGCACUGUGCAAUUGCUUCAGAGAGCGACGAAACUGGGACUGCAUAACUCGCCAGUUCGGUUCUCUCCUCUUAAACGACUCGUCGGUUCAACAAAUCCUUCUGCAGUUCAAUUCCCCCUCCGAUGCAAAAGCCGCAUUGGGCUUCUUCCAUUGGACCGCAACUCGGCCCAGCUCCACCUUCCAACCCACCACUCGCUCCUACGCCAUCACCAUCAAUCUCUUGUUAAGAGCCAACUUACUCAUCCACGCCCGCGCUCUUCUCCGCUCUCUCACCAAAACAAACACUCACUCAGACGUGGUUCCUGCACUCGUCGAUUCUCUUCUCGCCGUCGUAGCUUCAACCUCUCGGGAUCUCGCCGUGAACCUUCUCAUCCAAGCCUACGCGCAAGCCAGGCUACCGGACGUCGCGUUCCACGUUUGCCGUUACGCGGAGGAGCACGGAGUCUCCGUUACCGUCUUCAGUUUUAACGCCUUGCUUCACGCGGUACAAAGGUCUGAGAAAUGUUUUCUGGUUUGGGAGGUUUACGAGUUCAUGAUUCGGAGAAGGAUUUACCCUAAUUUGACGAGUUUGCGAAUCAUGACUGAUGCGUUGUGCAAGGAAGGUGAAUUGCAGAAGAUUGUUGACACGCUGGAUCGGAUAAUGCGGAGGAGUACUUUCCGUUCUCCUUCUAUGAUCGUGAAUUGUAGUUUGAUGUUGAGGAUUUUGGAUAGGGGAAGCUUGACGGAAUCGGAGAGUGAUGUCGUGGUUUUGUUGAAGAGGCUGUUACAGAAGAAUUUGCUUCACGAGUCCGUUGUGUGGUCUCUGGUUCUGCAUGCGAAGGUUGCGUUUGGGGAUUUGGAUUCCGCGUGGGGAUUGUAUGGGGAGAUGGUGAGAAAAGGGUUUGAGCCAAACGCGUUUGUUUACACGUCCUUUGUUGGAGCAUUUUGCAGAGAUGGGAGAGUUGAGGAGGCUAUUGGUUUGGUGCGUGAAAUGGAGGGGAAGGGGCUGAGGCCAUACGGUGAGACGUUUGGGCACGUUGUUGUUGCGGCGGAUUCAGAGGAGUGUGUGAGGGCUUUUGAUGAGAUGGUGAGGUUUGGGAUUGUGCCUGAUUGUGUGGUGUUUAAUAAGGUGGUGGAGAGGCUGUGUGAGAAGGGUAAAGUGGAGAAAGCGAAUGGAAUGUUGAGUGUGUUGAUGGAUAAAGGGUUUUUGCCGGAUGAUGUUACCUUUUCUCUUUUGAUGCAGGGUUAUGCUAGAAAGGAGGAGGUUCAGGAGGUUUUGAAGUUGUAUUAUGAAAUGGAGUACAGACGUGUGAAUCCAGGGUUGUCGGUUUUCGCGACUGUUGUUCGGUGUUUGUCUCGUUGUGGAAAGGUUGAACAUGCUGAGAGGUAUUUGAGGGUUAUGAAAGAGCGGUUGGUGGCUCUGGAUGCGAGUGUGUAUGAGGAAUUGAUUGAUGGCUACAUCAAGAAGGGCGAUACUGCUAGGGCCCUUUACCUUCGUGAGGAAAUGGCUUCUUUGGAGUUGUAA